UUUCUUUAAAACCCAAACGUCCACGUUGAUAAUAAUCCAUUCUUCCAUAACCACUUUCAUUUACAGUUGAACUGCAUUCGCAAAAGGUACUAAUUUUAUUAUUCUACUCUUACACAAGUGAAUUACCAGAGAAAUGGCAUCCAAACGUAUUGCGCUUUUAAGUGUAUCAGACAAAACUGCAUUGAUUGAAUUCGGCCAGCAAUUGUCAGCGCUUGGUUUUCGUCUUGUCGCUAGUGGUGGCACAGCUACAGCUUUACGAAAUGUUGGUCUCACCGUUGAAGAUGUCUCCGAAAUAACGGGUGCACCAGAAAUGUUGGGCGGUCGUGUUAAGACUCUACAUCCAGCCGUGCAUGCUGGUAUAUUGUCACGCACUACAGAAACCGAUUUGGCCGAUAUGAAAAAGCAAAAUUUUGACUUGGUUAGUUUGGUAGUGUGCAAUCUGUAUCCCUUUUCGAAUACGGUGUCCAAACCUGAUGUGACGGUGGCUGAUGCUGUUGAGAAUAUCGAUAUUGGUGGUGUUACAUUGCUGCGUGCGGCAGCUAAAAAUCACGCUCGUGUAACUGUGAUCUGUGAAGCGUGCGAUUAUGAUAAAGUGCUAAGUGAAAUUAACCAGCAUGGCGAUACCACCUUGGAUACCAGAAAAGCUUUGGCGCUCAAAGCCUUCACCCAUACUGCCUCCUAUGAUGAUGCCAUCUCCGAUUACUUCCGCAAACAAUACUCAUCAGGCGUUUCACAGCUCAACUUACGUUAUGGUAUGAAUCCUCAUCAAAAGCCCGCACAGCUUUUCACUCAGCUUGAGUCACUUCCUCUCAAGGUAAUCAAUGCCUCACCGGGAUUUAUUAAUUUGUGUGAUGCACUUAACGGUUGGCAACUGGUACUCGAACUAAAGCGCGCUCUAAAUUUGCCUGCAGCUACUAGCUUUAAGCAUGUUUCGCCAGCAGGUGCUGCUGUCGGCACACCACUGAGUCACGAGCAGGCCAAGCUGUGCAUGGUCGAUGAUCUUUAUGACAGCUUGACGCCAUUAGCCACUGCAUAUGCACGCGCACGUGGCGCUGACCGUAUGUCGUCAUUUGGAGACUUUGUUGCGCUUUCAGAUGUUUGCGAUGUGGUAACUGCAAAGAUCAUUUCUCGUGAGGUAUCAGACGGUAUUAUAGCAGCUGGUUAUGAGCCGGCCGCAUUGGAUAUAUUGAAGAAAAAGAAGAACGGCGCUUACUGCAUUUUACAGAUGGAUCCAGACUACAAGCCUGAUGCGCGUGAACGUAAAACGAUUUUUGGUUUAACCCUGGAACAGAAACGCAACGAUGCUGUCAUUGAUGCUUCACUGUUUUCCAAUGUUGUUACCAAGAAGAACGUAUUGCCGGAAAAUGCCAUACGCGAUUUAAUUGUUGCUACAAUAGCGUUGAAGUACACACAAAGCAAUUCCGUUUGUUACGCACGCGAUGGUCAGGUGAUUGGCAUUGGUGCAGGUCAGCAAUCGCGCAUACAUUGUACGCGCUUGGCUGGCGAAAAGGCCGACAAUUGGUGGCUGCGUCAGCACCCACGUGUUGUUGGCAUGAAAUUUAAGGCGGGCGUGAAACGUGCAGAAAUCUCAAAUGCCAUCGACAACUUCGUGAACGGCACCGUAGGCAAGGAUAUGCCACUCAGUCAGUUUGAAGCGAUUUUUGAUGAGGUGCCACCGCAACUAACUGCCGAUGAAAAGGCCAAUUGGCUGAAAAAAUUGGAUGGUGUUUCUUUAGGUUCAGAUGCCUUCUUCCCAUUCCGUGAUAAUAUAGAUCGUGCUAAAUUGAGCGGCGUUUCGUACAUCGGCAGUCCAGCUGGUUCUACCAAUGAUGCUGCUGUUAUUGAGGCCUGUAAUGAACACGGCAUUGUGUUGGCCCACACGAACUUGCGCCUAUUCCACCAUUGAUAUGAAUUUAAAAUAUUUUUUUUUAAAGCAAAAAAUUUAUAAAUAUACGCACAUGCCACAUAU